AUGCUCCGCGGUGCUUGCAUCCUCGCUCCACCCCUACCCUCCUGCCGUCCGCAUCCGCCUCCGCAUCCUCUUCGUUCUACCAGCUUACUCCUGUGCAGGUCUCAGGAUUGUUCGCUCUUGAAUCGUUUCUGCUUCCGAUUAUGCCAGUCAACUCUCGACCACGCAGAGCGUCCUGUGCGACCGAAGCCGCUCAGUUGGCUGUGGAAGCGCGUAUGCCCGCUGUACGGUUCUCUGUGAAGGAUGCUCUGCCACAGAUGACGGAGCGGCCUCAAAGGGAAAGAGGAUCCGUCGCUGGAAAGGAGCAGGAAGAGGGAAGAUCUCCACAUACGUCACGCGGGAUUCUUCAUCGGACGCAGCUAAACCUUGAUCCAUAUGCUGCGCCUUCUCCGACACGUUUUGCCGAAAGACAUGCCUCACCCAUCCCGCUCUAUUACACCUCGACAUGCGCAAUGACAAGCGUCUCUCGCUACCCACGCUUCUCUUCUCUGCCUUCGUCCCACCUCUCUGACGCUUAUUCCGAGCCGCUGAGCCCCUUGCAUGCAGACUACCAGCAAGGGGAUCACGUUCCUUCCUCUCUAGCAUCGUCCUUCGCUCGCAUUCCUCUCUCUUCCCGUAGCCCGCUUGCAAACCCGAAGCUCAGCAUGGUCCACUCUAUUGACACCGAGUACGACCGCCUCGCGAGAGCAUGUGGCCAGCUCCCACCUGCUUCAUGGGCUCCUGCCGCUCCUGGGCAGGUGGCGGAGGAAGACUUGCUCAACGAGGGCGGCAACGAUGGUGCCAGGCAUAGACGUGCGCGGUCGAUGCGCAUCGCGGGCCACACCCCGUACGUGUUGGACGACCCGGGCCCUUCGAGUAUGCUGUGGCAGCACGACAUGCACGAGGGCACGCUCGAGCCGCGCGAUGCGCCACCGUUCCAGCAGCCAGAAGCCCGUGGAGUGCUCCUAUCCCUCUUGCAGCUGUUGCAGCUGGGUCGCCAGGACGUGAAUGAUUACAUCGAGAUGGAUGAGUUUCUCGAGCGGAAGCAGGAGGAGGAGCGGGAGCGGCAGGAAACAGGCAUCUACCAAACCGACCUUUUUCGUGCACUCCCUAACCGCGCAAAUCUCGUAGAGCUGGUCCGCGCAUUCGACACGAAUGCUAACGUGUCCCGCUCACCAUUGCUACGCCAUGCUCCGAUGGCUGAUAUAUGCGCUGUGCUGACAUCAUACAUCAAUUCCCUCCCCGAGCCGCUCUUCGAUCGCACGAUGCACGAUGCUCUGUGGACGUGGUGCGUACAAGCGGAGAUGAGCGAGGACGAGAAGAAGAAGGAUGCUCUGGAUGCUCAGGAUGCUCAGGACGCGAAGAGCGAGAGUGCGCGCGCCUGCCCGAAUACGCCCCCCUCGUUGUCCCAGAGCGCGAACACAAAGACACCACAGGAGCAGGAGCGUGAGGACGCGGACAAGGAGCGUCGGCGUAUUGCUGUCACUCGACACAUCCUGCAGCUCUUUCCGCCGGAGAGCCUGUCAUUGCUCGCUUAUUUCUUCGCCUUCUUCACGCAGAUUCCUCUGUGCCCAGAUAACGGUCUCUCGUACGAAGACAUCGCACGGAUUUUCGCUCAUCGUCUGCUCGGCGGGCCCAGCAAGAAUGCUGCGAGAUCGCUUAUGAUGUGGUUGCUCAACCGCUGGAAUGCUAUAUCCGAAAAUCCGCUCGGCGGCGACGAGAAUGAUAGCGAUGCGCUCCAAUCAAAUUUAGUACGACGCUUGAGCUCAGGACGCUUACGGCGUUUGUCUUUGCCACCCCAGUGGAGCGAGGGCAUGCUUACACAUGAUGAUAGUCUGCAAGUCCCGUCAUAUGCGACACCUUCUGGACGGCCGUAUUCGUUGUCGGUAUCGUCUGACACAUCGUCGAGUACUGCAGAAUCUAUGGAGAGUGAAGACGAGCCCAAGGCGCGGGGCACGUUGGCGUACGAUAUGCAAGACAUGCGCGAGAGGAAAGCUGCAUAUGAAGCACACCUCGGCCUUCCAGACGACGACUAUUAUGGGAAAUCUUCUGUUCAGGAGCACGGCUUUGUCACGACGCCUCUUUCCGAUGAACACGACUUUCUCAAGUUCUACGACUACUUCAGGAAGGAGAAGAAUGCAUUCGAAAGCAAUUUAACAGAUAUGGAUGAACCGUCUGCUCUGAGUGCAGAGCAAACCCUGCACGUCUCGAAUGAUUUCCCGUCAGCUGUCACCUCGUCGAAUCACAAGCUCUCCUCCACCGUGCGAGAUUCACGAACGUCUCUGGAGGACGUGCUUUUGCCCGAUUCCACGACUACGGGCAUGCAUCAGAAGCUUCGAAAUGAACUGUCCGACCAGUCGCCGAGAGAAAUCGAAUACAUGCGACGCGAGACAGCGCAGAAGCAGCUGGAAGUUGCUUUGAACGAGCGAAACGACGCGAAGAAGCUUCUCCAGGUUUCAAGCAGUUGAUUGAUGAGGUUUGCUGCAGUGAUGUUCUCGAGGUAAACGUGUACAGCAUAUAUCAUUUAUCUCGCAUAGGUACCACUAGGAUAGAGAAAGAACAUAUUUUAUGCAACAACCGAUUGCGCUACUGUUGUACCGGAUCGACGUAUCAUACAUGAUUGUUACUAUACACGGCAUACACGGGAUCUCUUUGGUCUGUU